CUACCGUGCAGCAACAACUAGCCCUCGGUCGCUCCUUCCCUUGAGACAUUGCUGUCCAUGCAUCCCGCUAGCCUGUCGCACCUGCACAUCCCCCAUAGCGCCUGCGGAUAGCGACCAGACACCCCAGCCCGGCCAUUGCCCUUGCUUUUAUCCACGGCGCCAUUGCUCGGUGUGAAUGUAUGACACGCAAUGGCAGCGACCAUGGCUGGCGCACAACAACCGCAAACGCCCUCCCCCACGUCGUCCUCCAAACCGAUCCCCAUCCGCACCGCUGGCAUGAAGCUGGACACCUUCUCGCCGCUCGUGCAGCACCGAACCAACCCCGGCAAGGCCGCCAACCUGAUCAUGUCGCCCGUCAACCAGAACGGCUGCUUCGAGUUUGACCGCAUCAUCAAGGCCGGCAAUGUCGUGAAGCGCACGCGAAAGACCAAAUCGUGGAAGCCCAUCCACAUAGUCCUGCGCCCGAACUGCCUCUCUAUCUACAAGGACAAGGACGAGACGAAGCUGCGUCACCAAAUAAACCUCGCUGAAAUCACAGCCGUUGCGCGCCAGAAGGACUCGAAGAAGAAGAUGGACCACGUCUUCGGUAUCUUCUCGCCUGCGCGCAACUUCCACCUCGGCACGUCCUCCGAGAAAGAGGCCCAGGAGUGGGUCGACCUAAUACGCGCAGAGGCGCACAUCGACGACGACGAGGACGACAUGGUCCUCAUGAGCCCAAAUGGCGGUAAGAGAACCUUUACAGGCUUUGACAGGACCAAGAGGGAGAAUAUUGGCUCUAGCUCCUCAGAAGCAGAACUACGGCAGUCGACCUCCAAAACGCCAGCGACCAUGUACAGCGCCCGUCGUCCCUCGCACACCCUCAACUACUCGGGCAACGAGCGCGGCUCCCUCUCCGACCUCGACUUCUCAGAUACGGGAUUCCCAGGCUCUGCCGUCUCGCUGCCCCGGCAAGCUGUACCGCGAAACCGCAAUGUCAGCCAGCAGAGCAACAUCGGUACCACACCCGACGAAGAGCGCGUAGUUUACCACGGCUGGCUGUAUGUGCUCAAGUCAAAGGGCGGCGUACGACAGUGGAAAAAACUUUGGAUUGUUCUGCGAGCCAAAUCGUUAGCAUUCUACAAAAACGACCAAGAGUACUCCGCAAUCCUGAUCAUCCCCUUCUCAAGCAUCAUUGAUGCUGUGGACAUCGAUCCGGUCUCAAGAAGCAAGCAGUACUGUAUGCAGGUCCUGUCUGAAGAGAAGAAUUUCAGGUUCUGCGCAACAGGCGAAGAUUCGCUUGCGAAGUGGCUGGGCGCCUUCAAGAGCCUGCUAAUCAAGAGGAAGGAAGCUGAGCAAAAGCGUGUGCAUCAGACUUCAACGAACACAGGCAACGCACAAGCUUCACAAAAACCAAUCGCGAUACCGAACAUGCCUCCACCAUCACAAUCUCUUGGCACCAAAUGAACGGUGCUCCACUGUAACAACGACUCACCAAUGCUCACGUCAACCCAGAUCCUUGUACAUACUUUGACACCGACUUUUUCUUCUGUUGUUGUAACCCCUACUACCAGCUUAUCCAAGCGAGCCAAUAUCCAGUUCGCCAUACGCGCUCGUAGUGUCGUAUUUGCCUUUCACGACUAUUACGAUUUACGAAUUUCUUAUCUCGUCUGUCCUUCGAGGACUCGUUGCUUUAUACCUUGUUGGGUAUUUGCAGGUUUCCGAUACUAUACUUUUCGAAUUGACCUUCUGCCUGUAAGCUAGUUAGUUGUGUAGUACAGCUUGUAAUGCCGCCCUUGAGCUGGGUUUGAUUGUAGAAUUCUAUAUGUUGAUAACAUCAACCAUGAUCCCAAGG